CGAAAAUGUAUGAUAUUUUGACAAGGUGAUAUUGCGUCACUUUUGUACUGCAAGAAUAAAUGUCGCUUUUCGACGCACUUUUGCUGAACGCUUUACGUAACGCUUUGGAAGAUGAUGAUGAUGAUGAAGACAUUGUAUCUUCAGUCAGACGAACGGACCGUUAUAGUUUCCAUUUCAAACACAGCAAGUUAAUAUCACUGAGCUCAAAUAAGAGAACAGCUGAACGUCAAUGUCAAUUUUUGAUGGCUGGACAUGGCAUAGUUUUUAGUGAUCAACCUUUGCGAGAUAAUGAAUUGUUUGAGGUUUGUGUUGAUAAGUUGGUUCCCGCCCUUUUUGGAGGAAGUGAUAUUACCGUGGACAUAGGAGUGACGGCGUUGAAUCCAUCGUACAUGAAUUUACCAAGAACAAUGACUGAUCUUACAAAUGGAACGUGGAUGCUGAGUGGUGAUCAGGUUGUGAGAAAUAAAGUAAUAAUCAAACGAAGAUAUUGUCAAGAUCUUAACACCUUAUCUGUUGGAGAUCGUAUUGGUGUUUGUAAAACAGAAAAUGGCUCUCUUCAUUUUUUCAUUAAUGGAAAACACCAAGGACUUGCUGCUUCAAGUUUACCCGAAGAUGUUUAUGCUGUCGUCGAUCUUUUUGGCAAAUGUACUGAAGUGUCUAUUGUAUCACCUGGAGGUCCAACAUCUUCCCCGUACUCUCAUGUCCUGGAAGGAGCAUCAUUACGUUCUGAAACAAGAGCAGAAUCAAAAGCAUCAACUGCUAAAACUACAACGGCUUGUAACUAUCGAAAACAAUGUGAAAGUUUCCUUGAAAGUUUGAAUAUUUCAGGUUAG